CAUGGAAAGAAACUUGUGCAGUUUCUGGUUCUUCUUCUUCCUCAGUGACAUUGCGAGUUCCUUCGGACAAGACGUUCUUGAUCCGACCGUUGGAGUUCAACGGCCCAUGCAACUCCAAGAGAGUUAAAUUUGAGGUCUGAAAUUGAAAAAAUUAAAUAUUUAUAUUUAAAUAUGAUUUUGGAAUUAUUAUUUUUGUUGCAGGUAUAUGGAAAUUUAGUAGCACCUUAUCAUCCCUCGGAUUGGAAAUGCAAACACAAUAUUUGUCGCCGAUGGAUUCAUUUUCACGGAGUCACUGGCCUGACGGUGCGUGGACACGGCCGAAUCGAUGGCCGUGGACACCGAUGGUGGCACAGAAAAAAACACAGACCAACUGCUUUCGAGAUCUCAUACUCGCACAACGUUCACUUAGGAGGCGGUCUAACGUUUAAGGACAGUCCGAGGAUGCACGUUGUCCUUAACGGAAUAAGAACGCUUUCCGUCUCAAACUUAACGAUAGACGCUCCAGAACUAAGUCCUAACACUGAUGGCAUUCAUGUUACGGCCUGUACUAACGUUGUCAUUGAUCAUUCUCAAAUUGGGACUGGGGACGACUGCAUUUCAAUAGUCGAUGGAUCAUCGUUUGUGACGGUUAGCAAUGUAGUAUGUGGACCUGGACACGGUAUAAGCAUUGGAAGUUUAGGCAAGAAUGGGGCAGAUGAUAAGGUUGAGUAUGUUAGUGUCAGUGAUUCUGUGUUCGUUGGAGCUAAGAAUGGCGCCAGAAUAAAGACAUGGCAGGGAGGCAGAGGCUAUGCUAGACACAUAAUCUUCGAGAGAAUCGUGAACCACGACACGACCAAUCCAAUCAUCAUCGAUCAAUUCUACUGCGAUCAUCAGCAGUGCAAAACUAAGAAAUCAGCAGUACAGAUCAACAAUGUCACUUACAGACAGAUACUUGGAACAUCAAGAAAGAAAACUGCAGUCGUGUUGAACUGUAGUAAGACGUUUCCAUGCACUGAUAUUGUUGUUGAAGACAUGCACAUCCGCACGACAGAUGAUAAUGAUGCGACUUAUGAGUGUAAAAACGUGUUAGGGAAAGCUCAAGGGAAGAACGUUCCUAGACUAUCUUGUUUGGAUUUGGUUUGAUGUGGAUAUUACCUAUUUGUGUUUGUACUAUUUUGAUUUUCCUCGGAUGAUGACUUUGGUUCAGUACGACCACAUAGUUUAAGUAAAGUGAUUUUGUGCUUCGAUACGUAUGUGAAAUGUAGUACGAGG